AUGCAUAUUACUAAUUUCGAUCCUAAUUUUUCGAUUUUUGAUAAAAGUUUCAUUCCUGAACCUAUCCCAAAUAACUCUAUUGACAUGGAAAAAUUGAAGGGUGAUCAAUUCUGGCCUAUACAGAAUAAAUCGUACAAUAAAUUGAAGAAAAUCUUUUCCAAGACAUUUAAAUCCUUUAAACACAAAGUUUUUUAUAAAAAUCACAAAAGAAAUGAAACCACCGCGACCAAAGAAAUCAUGACUUCUAAGGAUAUGUUCGAGUUUGACGAAAUUGAUAAAAUUUUAGAUAUUUACCUAUCUUUUCAAGACAAACAUGCACCGGUGUCGUCGAAUGACAAAAAAGCUAAAUCUUCUAUAUUAGCUGAAAAUGAUACUAAUAGUUUUAUAAAAGUUAAUUCACUAGAUGUAAUACAAAGCAAUGGCGAAGACGACGUGCCGCGUAGUAUUUCUUUCUGUGUAUGUUCAAUGAUUGUUAAUAUUUGA